AUGGCCGCGGUGCUCUGCGCCCAGGAUGGCUGCGACCACCUGAACUGCCACGACGGUCCCUUCCUCGUGGCCUUCGCGGGCUCCAAUGAGUUAGAGAGGACCAUGUUCGCCUCCUUCUACUCAUCCGAGGCUGCCGAGUGGAGCAAAAUGAUCUCCAUUGAGAACCCGAAUGCCACCAGUGCCAUGGAGGAAACAGGGCACACUGCGGUUGUGGGAAACAAAGUCUAUUUCCCCCGCGAAUCGAGCAGAAGAAUAGUGGUGUAUGACGUGGGCGAGCAAGAACUUUCGGCGAUCAAUUUGCAGGACCAGCCAUGCGGUAAACUCAUGGGGGAGGAGGACGGCGCACUGGUGUUUGCGAGUAUGGGGGAUUCUAAACUCUAUUUGCGGUUAAUGGAGGAUGGUCCCAAUGGAGUUGUGGCAAGGGGGCAACGCAGGGUCGUUGAGCUUCAAACAUCGCUCCCUCCUAGUGCCCUCUCGAGCACAUACUGGAUGGUACGCAAAACCUUCGUGAGUGGUGGACCCUCGCUGGUUGGUUUCGCGAGCGGUGCUGGUGUCAUCUUCCUCAAUACAGAAGCUGGCCUGUUCACAAUUGAGGUCUGUUCUGGCCAAACAAAGAAGGUACACAGAAAGAUGUUCGUCCAGACAGUCAUACCCUAUGUGAGCUUCUACAGUCGAGAUCACGUUGGGGACGGGAUGCCACUGCCAUGA